AUGGCACCGUUUGAGGCCAUGUACGGUCGUAAGUGUCAUACGCCUCUGUGUUGGAGAGAAACCGGAGAAAAGAUACUUGCUGGACCCGAACUUGUACAAAUCACACACGACAAAAUACAGGUGAUUCGAGAGAGAAUGAAAGCGGCUCAGGACCGACAAAAGUCAUACGCUGAUCACCGCAGAAGACCGAUCGAGUUCUCAGUCGAAGAUUUGGUCAUGUUGAAGGUUUCCCUGUGGCGUGGAGUAUUACGGUUUAGAAAGAAAGGUAAUCUCAGUCCUUGUUUUAUCGGUCCAUUCAAGAUUAUUGAACGGGUCGAGAAACAAGUUUACCGUUUAGAACUACCCGAAGAAUUAACGGGUAUACAUGAUGUUUUCCAUGUCGGUUAUCUACGAAAAUGUUUGAGCAAACAUGAGGAAGUAGUACCAUUAUCGGAAGUUAAGAUAAAUGAAAAGCUUCGAUAUGCCGAAGAGCCCAAAAGUAUCUUGAAAGAGCGAACAGUGAAAUUGCACAAUAGAGAGGUAGAUUUGGUAUUAGUGAAGUGGAAACAUCAUCAUGGGACAAAUUGGACAUGGGAACGCAAAGAUGAGAUGAUGACUAAGUACCCUUCAUUAUUAUUGCAAUCAUGA